UCCGUCCGUGUUUUCGUCCGCGUUCCGCCCCGCAAACAUGGCGGACUACAAGGAGGCACCUUUAGCGACGCGUCCAAAAACACUGGACCCGGCAGAGUAUUUUAACGUCUCGCCCGAGUAUCGGCGGUCGGAGCAGGGGAGAGCGACGCUCAGGUCCCAGCUGAAGAGACAGUAUCAGAUCCAGCUGAACAAUCCUCUGCGGAAGGAGCUGAUUGAGGACCCGGCCCUCACGAGAUGGACCUACGCUCGUGCUGAGAUGUAUAAUCACUUCAGGCCAACACCGAAAUCCUCCCUGAUCACCGGUCUGAUCGGCGUCGCUCCACUCAUUAUCCUGUGCUACGUUCUGAAGGCUGACCGCGAUAAACGUGAGCAGAAGAUAAAGGAUGGGACAUACAAACGCCCGUACAGACUCUCCUACUGACCUCUGCUUCAACUGCCGUCUCGCAUUGUACAUGUAACUAUAAAUAAACAUUAUCAAUGAAACAAUAA